AGCCUCACACUCACUGCGUUAUUUUCAAGCCUUCAACAGUUGUUUCUGGCGGUACCCGAGCCCACCAAGUCGGCGCCGGCCCCGAAGAAGGGCUCCAAGAAGGCGGUGACCAAGGCGCAGAAGAAGGACGGCCAGAAGCGCAAACGCAGCCGCAAGGAGAGCUACUCGGUGUACGUGUACAAGGUGCUGAAGCAGGUGCACCCCGACACGGGCAUCUCGUCCAAGGCCAUGGGCAUCAUGAACUCGUUCGUCAACGACAUCUUCGAGCGCAUCGCGGGCGAGGCGUCCCGCCUGGCGCACUACAACAAGCGCUCGACCAUCACGUCCAGGGAGAUCCAGACGGCCGUGCGCCUGCUGCUGCCCGGGGAGCUGGCCAAGCACGCCGUGUCCGAGGGCACCAAGGCCGUCACCAAGUACACCAGCGCCAAGUGAGCCUGCCAGCUGC